UGUUUAUUUCAGGAGAAAGUUAACACUUCACCGACGGGUAUAGUGCAGCAGCAGCAUCAGCUUCACUUGCCGAUCAGCGCUCAGAUAUUAAACACCAGUCAAGGCUUGCCGACUAUCGUACCGACCCUUCAGCACUUAGGCCCAAGCUUGAGGGUGAUACCCGGCGACACGAGGCAACUUCUGGUCACUCAUACCGCUGGCAACAACGAGUCCAGGCCGCUCACGUUAGCCGUGCAAAACUCGUCGGAUCAAUCGAGGCCGCUUAUUGCUGUGCAAUCGAAUACUGGAAGCGAGCCAAGGCCCGUAGCGUUGGUCGUUCACUCAUCCACGGCGAACGACAACAGGGUAACGUUCGUGCAUUCUAAUCUCUCCAACAACGACAGGCCGUUGGCCUUAGCCGUGCAAUCGUCCGCCAAUGACGUCAGGCCAGUUACAUUGGUGCAUUCGGCAAACGAGGGAAGGCCCUUAGUUUUCGCUGCGCAUUCUCCUGCAUUGAAUGUGUCGAAUGCUCAAACGAGGAUAAGAGCGGGUGAUGCGCAAACAACACAUAAAAUGGUUGGAGGUGUGACAUUGGUAGGCGGAAACGGAUCGGAGUUGACUAGACUUCCAGGUGGCGCUGAAUUGAACAUACUCCCUGCAAAUGGAUUGACGCUGAGCCAUGCAGGGGUGUCACUUCAAACGACAACAGGUAAACCAGGUUCGACAGUGAUGCAAAACGCUCCGUCCACAGAAGGUAUAGCUCACAUCGUUGGCCCGCCGCACACGCCCCUCUCCGGUUUAACGCCAAUCGUCACGCCGAUGACCGUCGUCUCGCAAGGGAAUCAAGUGACCGCUCAUAUCCUGGCACCGUCUAGCCUGGCCGGCAAGAUGAUCACCACGCCGAUCCUCAAAUCCGUGGCGCAAAUGCCGAUCGUGAACGCUCAGUAUAUCAACACCACCACUAUUGUGAAGCCUGUCGUUGUCGUCAGUUCACCGUCAACGUCCACGCCGCAGUCGACCACCGCUUCCAGCACGCAACCUUCCUCGACCACGCAAUCGACCGUCUGACAGAAUCAAAAGAAAGUGAAACUAGCUUGAGAAUUGGCUACCGUUGACUACUGUAGUCGCAGAGAUGACGAUAGAACGACGUUGUAUCGGCACGUGUCCGCAGUCCGUUAUCACGUCAGAAGGUGUACAGGACCUGCAAGUGAUAACGUAGACACAGAGAGGUGGACGAACAGAGGAGAAGACACGGAUGCGAGAAUUCUGUCCAUCGUACUGUUAUUUUUGACAUCGAAGGAGAGUUUCCUAUUUUUCCAAACUUCACUUGCGUUCCUUCGUGUUUUCAAUUUCGAAUGUUUACGCUCUUCCAAAGAAUGGAACGACGACGACGACGACGACGACGACGACGUCUGAGAAAUUACAUACGCAAACGAAAGAAGGUGUUGAUGAUGCCCGUUGCUCAACUUGCGCGAUUGUGCAUGGUACCUCGAAUGCUCCAGAGAUAGUACUUAUCGGUGGCGAGGCUCGUUUCGGAAAAUUCGGAGGCAUCUCGCGGAAAUUAACGCGACGAAGGCAGCUCCAGGCGAAAGUGAUUUUCGGUGUACUUGAAAUAGAAUUUCCCCGUUGUGAGCAUUUAAUGCCGCAACUAACCGGCGACUGAAUUUUCUAUCGGAAGAAAUUGUAGUGGCACAGGAAAGAGUGGGGGAGACUUUUAUUUAUGUAUUUUAUGAGAAAUUUAUAACUGUAAAUUUGUAAAAUCUCCCCGAGAAAUUAUGAAAUUGGUUAUUUUUAACCAGCUCUGGUAUUGAAAUUCGAAGAAGAAUUUUCGUACGAUGAAGGCCCCGGGAGACUGAACGGUCCAUAAUUAUUUUCUGUCGAGAGAUUUCUUUCAACAAGUGGUUCUUUCUUUUUUUUUUUAAAUUGUACAUGUUAUUGCGGAUAUUUGUGCAAUAUCAUAUUUUUAGGGAUGUAACUUUACAAAUCUCGGAAACCUAACUUAGAAUAUAUAUAUAUAUAUAUAUA